AGGGGCGGGCAGGGUCCAACAGGCAGCUACCUCCUCCGAUCGCGCCGCGCAUGGCUUGCAAAGCAGGCUGGGAAGGGCCAGCAGCCCCCCCACACAAGACGUGCCCGGCGGGAGGUGUUCCUGGAGACCGGACGCUGACAACAGGAGCCGUGCACGAGUGUACAGAGAGCGAGAGCCCAGGCCCCCAGCCGGUGAGAUCCGUCAUGGGGAGACGUGGCUGCUACGCUGGAGCCCGUGGCAGCCGUGGGCCUCCCCUUCCCGGCGGGAGCUGGAGGAGCAGGACCCAGGAGGCGUGCAGGCAGGAGGGGCUGAGGGUGCAGAAGUUCCUCGUGUCAUCCAGACCAGAGCCGGUCCAGCACCAAGAGCUCUGGGAGCAGGACGCGAUGCAGGCCAUGCAGCCCCCUUGCGAGGCUCAGCUGCCCUCCGCAACCCCACAGCUGGCACCGCGGGAUGAGCUCCCCACCCCAGAGCCCUGGCGCCAGCUCUUCCGUGGCCUGCGCUACCGGGAAGCCGAGGGCCCAGGGAAGAUUUGCAGCCGCCUGCGGGAGCUGUGCCGGCGCUGGCUGGAGCCCCAGCACAGCAGCAAGGAGCAGAUGCUGGAGCUGGUGGUGCUGGAGCAGUUCCUGGCCAUCCUGCCCCCAGAGAUGUGGAGCUGGGUGUGCGGGUGCCGCGUGGAGACCUGCGCCCAGGCCGUGGCCCUGUCCGAGGGGUUUCAGCUGGGGCAGGUGGAGGACGAGAAGCUCCAGGUCACCGUGCGUGUGAAGGUCGAGGAGGGGUCCUCAGACAAGAUGCAGCCCCCGGGAGCCCUGCUGGAGUUUGCUGAUUCCCAGGUGCAGCAGCCGAAGACUCCUCAUAAGGACAGGCCUCUGGAGGAGGCAGGAGAUCAAGAAACCCCAGAGCCUGAGGUCGAGCUGCCUCACAUCGCCAAAGAGGAGCCCCCGCCCAACCCAGAGCCAGGCGCUGGGACCCUGAGCAGAGCAGAUCAGCCGCCUCCCGAGGAAGGGCCUGUAAAGCUGAAGCUGCAGAGACUCUGGGUCCCUAGGGAGACGGGAACAGAGCUGCUCCCUGACACCUGGGCCAGGCCAGCUGCAGGAGGGGCAGGGCAGGCCGGCGAAGCAGGGGCAGAGCAUGGAGGACAUGACUGGUUGCUGAGCAGAACUGAGGAGCAGGCUCCUGAGGAAGGGCCUGGAAAGCUGAAGCCACCAUGGGCUUCCCCGGGGAGUAUGGUUGAGGUGGAUUCCCUGAGCUCAGAGACUGACCAGUGGCACAAGGGUCAGGGGAUUCCCCCAAAGCCAGAGAAUGUAGCAGUGAAUGUGGUCCCAUCUCUAGUUGGGCACUGGAGUGAAGAAGGGAAAGAAGCCAGAAAAAGGCCAAGGUGCAGGGAUGAAUAUGUCAUGCUGAGACACCUGAAGAGGCAGAAAGCAAAGAUGCACUGGAGAGAGACACUGCAUGCAAACCAAGGCAGUGUGGGGGGCCUCAGAGGGAAGCAGGAGCUCACUACCAAGCCCAGGGGGAGAGCCCACUCCUGCCCUCAGUGCAGGAAAAGUUUUAGCUGUCCCUCACGCCUGGCUCAGCACAAGAUAAGGCACAAUGGGGAGAAGCCCUAUGUACGCGCCACGUGUGGGAAGAGGUUCACCUGCCUCUCGACCCUGGCUGCUCACCACCAGGUCCAUUCUGGACAGCUCCCCCACCGCUUCACCAGAAGGGGGAAAAGCAUUGUGCUGCACAAAACCCAGGAUGUGCACAGGAAGAAGAAUCAGUACUGCUGUGUCACAUGUGGUAAGACCUUCACCCAUUUCUUCUCCCUGGUUCAGCACCGUCAGAUGUACUUGGGGAGGAAGACACACCGCUUCACUGAGUGCAGGAAGAACUUCAUCAGCUGGCAAGGCCUGUCCCAGCACCGGUGUGUGUGGAGGAGGCAGCAGCCACACUGCUGCACAAAGUGUGGGAAGAGCUUCAGGCAGCCCUCCAGCCUGGCCAGGCACAGGUGCAUGCACACACGGGAGAAGCCUCAUCAUUGCUCUGUGUGUGGGAAGAGCUUCAUCUUCUCUUCCAAGCUGGCCCAACACCAGAUUAUCCACACAGGAGAGAAGCCACAUCAGUGCUCUGCAUGUGGAAAAAGCUUCACCCACUCUUCCACUCUGGCCCGGCACCAGCGCAUCCACACAGGGGAGAAGCCAUAUCAGUGCUCUGAGUGUGUGAAGAGCUUCACUUAUUCCUCCCAACUGGCCAAGCACAAGCGCAUUCACACAGGGGAGAAGCCAGAUCAGUGCUCUGAGUGUGGGAAGAGGUUCAGUUCUUCCUUCCACCUGGUCUGGCACCAGCGCGUCCACACAGGUGAGAAGCCAUAUCAGUGCUCUGAGUGUGGGAAGAGCUUCAUCCAAUCCUCCCACCUGGCUGAGCACAGGUGCAUCCACACAGGGGAGAAGCCAUAUCAGUGCUCUGAGUGUGGGAAGAGCUUCAGGUAUUCCUCCAAACUGGCCAAACACCAGCGCAUCCAUACAGGGGAGAAGCCAGAUCAGUGCUCUGAGUGUGGGAAGAGCUUCAUUUAUUCCUCCCAACUGGCCCAGCACAAGCGCAUUCACACAGGGGAGAAGCCACAUCAGUGCUCUGAGUGUGGGAAGAGCUUCAGUUAUUCCUCCAACCUGGUACGGCACCAGCGCGUCCACACAGGGGAGAAGCCAUAUCUAUGCUCUGUGUGUGGGAAGAGUUUCAGUUGUUCCUCCUCCCUGAACAAGCAUAAGCACAUCCACACAGGAAAGCCAUAUCAUUGCUCUGAGUGUGGGAAGACCUUCAGUUCUUCCUCCCACCUGGUCCGGCACCAGCACGUCCACACAGGGGAGAAGCCAUAUCAGUGCUCUGCAUGUGGGAAGAGCUUCACCCAAUCCUCCCACCUAGCCGAACACCAGCAUCUCCACACAGGGGAGAAGCCAUAUCAAUACUCUUCCCCCUGACUGUGGGAAGAGUUUCAGCAUCGCCUUCAACGCGGCCCGGCACCGGCUCAUGCACAAAGGGGAGAAGCCGCAUCAUUGCUCUUGGUGUAGGAAGAGGUUCUUCUACUCCUGCAGCCUGUGCUGAACACCAGUGCAUCUACACAGGGGAGAAGCUACAUCAGUGCUCUGAGUAUUGGAGUAACUUCACCCAUCUCAGCACCCACCAGUGGUGCAUUCAAACCAGCUCCCUCAUGCUGGUGGCCUGCAGAAAGAGUUCCCCCAGGCUUUGCCCCUUGUAGGAAACUGUUGGUGUCCAGAGCCCAGACGCUGGCCCCCAACAUAUGGUUGGGGGCGGGGGCUAAGAGGAAACACCUCAGGCAGAGGUCAGCCCCAAUGUGGGGGGAGGAGACGAGGAGGAGAUGAUCUUUGCAUCAGCCUUGGAGCCUGUGCAUUCCCCAUCAUUCUCUAACUAUUCCCAGGGGAAGUGCCUUCAUGCUAGGGUGCCUUCUCCCAGAUGGCUCACUUCAGAUGACACCUGGUGACUUACAUUGCCUGCCUCCCAGCUUUCUCCUUCCUCCUGGUCCAGGGGUUCUGGUAGAUGAGCCCCUGAGUUGCAGGGAGGAGUGCAUUUAUGGCUGGGGAAGCAUUCCCUACAAUCGUCCCUAACCUCGCCUUUCCUCACCUCCCCAUCACCCCUCUUCGAGACCUCCCCAUGCCCAGUGGGGUCUGCAACGAGCUGCCACCUCCGGAGUCUUUUUGGCCUGUUUUGCUCUUCAGCCUCUGUAGAAGUGUGCACCACGGGGUGCGUGCUGCUCCCCUGACCUCUUCUCCUUUGUUGUAUUCUCUGUCAUGCAUUCCCCGCUACUAAAACCCCAGAAUUGGGCAUGG